AAAAUUCAGUGCCGCUUUUCCUAUCUACCACAAGUCCCCUUACACAACCUCUGCAUGGCCUGGAAUUGUGGUCCCCGAAGCCUCCAUAUAAAUGUGGAUCAAAAUGCUAAUCUCAUCCAGGCCGCAGCUACAGCGACCGAUGUAUCGGCCGCCGCAGGAGUCGCUCCAGCGGCGACGGCGACCCAAGCAGCAAAAAAGGGGAAGGCAGCUAAGGCGAAGGCAGCAGCUGCCAAGGCCGCUGCCGCAGUUGCAGCCACGGUAUAAAUCUCCCUUCGCUUUUGGUAUGGUAUUAGAAAGGAUUGGGAAUAAAUUGGAGUAGACAGGGUGGGGCACUGGGUUUAGGAAUGAACAAAAAACUGAUUCAAUGGAUGUCUGACGCAAAGGACUCUAAAAAACUUGAAUUUGGGUACUCCGGAGAGCUU